AUGCUCGUCCUUGCCCUCAUCACGGGUCUCGCCGCCCUCGGCCAGGCGCUGAGCUUCCCUCGCAGCCAGGGCUCAUACCGGCCCAACAUCCCGAGAGACCUCGCCGACGGCGUCUACACCGUGUCUCUGGAUGCCCGCGGGCAGGAGAUCCACGCCCGCGUCGCCGGACCCUCAGUUGCCUCCACGGUCGCCCAGCUCGCAGCCCCCCUGAGCAACCCCGACGGCGCCACCACCCGCCGCUCCGAACAAAACGGCAUCGCCUCCAACAGCAUCUCGACGUACUGCGCCUGCGACCACCACUUCGACCGGGUCAACGGCACGCAGGCCAUCGACGACCUCGCCAAGCAGCUCGGCAACGGCACGUGGUUCGAACAGCAGGCCAUGUACGCCAGGAACGGAGACGUCGGCGUCUUCGUGUACAGGGGCACGGGCGUCAAGCGCGCGUGGGCGUCGGCGGGGAGCCUCCGCGCCAUGAUCAAGAUUAUUGCCGCUUCGUGCGGCGAGGGCGUCGUCAGCGCGGCCCGGUACGACACCUUCGCCGAGGGACAGGCCGGCGCCGUCACGGGCUUGAUCAACUUGCAAGACAACCCGCAGCCCAACCUCGGCGGCGUGAAGUCGUGCCCUCAACCCACUGCCGAGGCGAAGUUCAAGGCGUCUUGA